AUGGUGUGGGCUCAGGUCGACGAGGAGCAAGAUGAUUAUUUCGAGUGUGAGGAAACGUCUGUGACUUCCACAUCUGGAGACGAAGCGGAGGCUGUCCCAAAGAACGACUUCCAAAGUGAAGAAGAGGAUUCAGACCUUGAGGAUAAUACUGGUCGCGCACAUGGCCCCAGGACCACGACAGAGAGACGGAGGGCACAGAAUGAAGUACUGAAGGCGUAUGCUGCUAAUAUCAGCGCCUACAUAACCCAGCAAGAGGUGCAAGCAGUCAGUUCCAAGAAUGCAAAAGAAGAGCAGCUUUCCAUUCGCGAGAUUCUUGCAAAACAAGAGACGGCCAAGCGCAUCACGAACCCUCGCGAUUAUCAGACGGAACUCUUCCUCCGAGCAAAGGAUCAGAACACCAUAGCUGUCCUGGAUACUGGGUCUGGAAAGACCCACAUUGCAACUCUGUUGCUCAGGCAUGUUCUGGAAGAUGAGCUGGAACAUCGAGCUACAGGCGGCGCUCCCAGAAUUGCCAUCUUCUUGGUCGACUCUGUGAACCUCGUCUUUCAGCAAGCUAACGUCCUAAAAUGCGGUCUCGACCAGAACGUCGAGAGCAUCUGUGGCUCCAUGGGAACAUCUCUAUGGAACAAAUCAACAUGGGACAAGCAUUUUCAAAAGAACAUGGUAAUCGUCUGUACGGCAGAAGUUCUCGUUCAAUGUGUGAUGCAUUCUUUCAUUACCAUGGCUCAGAUCAAUCUUUUGAUCUUUGACGAGGCGCAUCACGCGAAAAACAACCAUCCAUACGCCCGAAUCAUGAAGGAUUACUACGUCCAGGAGCUUAAUCUUUCCAAGAGACCUCGAAUCUUCGGAAUGACUGCGUCACCGAUAGAUGUCCGAGGCCUUUCGUCAGACCAUAUCAAGCAGGCUGCUAGUGACUUGGAAAAGCUUCUGCAUGCCAAGAUAGCCACCAUCGAUCCCGAGAAGCUUAUAAACAAUUCUAUCAGUCGACCUGAUGAAGAAAUAGCAGUCUAUCCAAGGCUCGAGUCCACGCACGAAACACCUCUUCAUCAAGCAAUCAAAGACAAAUAUGGAGACAUUACUGCUUUUCAAAAGUUCUUCAUUGCGUCUAAGCGGCAUCUUUUGGAGCUUGGCCCCUGGGCAUCAGACAUGUACUGGUCCUUCGCUUUUGCGGAGGAACAAAGCCGCAAGUUGCAGCAACGUGAGGAGUUCAAAUACAACAAAGCCAAGCUGGACGACUCACAGCAGGAGUGGGAUGCCAAAGUGAAGCGGUUGAAAGAAGCAGCGGAAUUCGUCCAGCAAUACACCAUGGAAACUGAGAGCAUAAGCGAUUCAGACCUGAGCUCCAAAGUUCGUCUCCUUCGUUACUGGCUGAACUUGUAUUACGAACGAACCGAUGAGCCUCGUUGCAUUGUCUUCGUCGAGAAGCGAGAAACUGCUCGGUUGCUCAAGCUCAUCUUCGAACGAAUUGGAGGACCGAAUCUGCAUUGUGGCAUGCUUGUCGGAGUCAACAACCGUGCAGGCGAGGAAUCGAUCUCUUUGCGCAAUCAAAUCCUGGCAGUGAGCUCGUUCCGGCGUGGUGAGUUGAAUUGCAUUUUCGCCACAUCAGUCGCCGAGGAGGGAUUGGACAUUCCCCAGUGCAACCUAGUAGUACGAUUUGAUCUGUAUCGUACUAUGAUUGGUUACGUGCAGAGUAGAGGAAGAGCAAGGCAUACCAACUCGAAAUAUCUUCAUAUGCUGGAAGACGGCAACCAUGACCAUCGACAGCGAGUCAUGGACGUCAGGUCCGACGAGGUGGUGAUGCGUCAAUUUUGCCAGAGUCUCUCUCAAGAUCGCAGAAUCGAUGGCUCUGACGAAGACGGGAAUGACCUUCUGGCAUUGUCUGAAAUUCUCUUCCCUUAUUACACUGACCCCAAGUCUGGCGCCAGGCUUACUUAUCGAUCGAGUCUGUCCAUACUCAACCACUUCAUUGCGGUAAUCCCUUCUCCAAACCGAGAAACCAUGGUACAGCCGACAUACAUUAUCAGGCCAGCAACCAAUUACGACCCUCGCAAUCCUUUGCGAAGCGGCUUCAUCUGUGAGGUUAUUCUGCCCGAAUAUGCACCCAUCAUCUCUAUCACCGGCAAGAUAGAGAGCAAGAAGUUGAUCGCGAAAUGUUCUGCGGCUUUCAUGAUGUGUCUUGAGCUUCGGAAGAGAGGAUAUUUGGACGAGAAUUUACUUCCGACUCUUCACAGACUUGCGCCGGCCAGACGGAAUGCUUUGCUUGCGGUCAGUGAGAAGAAGAAGGGCAACUACCCGAUGCUCAUCAAACCAAGCUUCUGGAAGCAGGGUCGAGAUACUGUUCCGGACCAGCUGUAUCUCACCGUCAUCAAUGUCGAUGCGGGUCUAGACCGCCCACACCAGCCUCUUGGUCUGCUAACUCGAAGGCAGUUUCCACAACUGCCGAGCUUCCCGAUUUAUCUUGCAGAUGGGAGGCCUUCCCAUAUCGUGUCUAAAUCUAUUCCCACAGUGUUACCUGUACCGUCAGAAAUAUUGGAGAUGAUCACAAAGUUCACGCUACGUAUCUAUGAAGAUAUAUACAACAAACAGUACGAAUACAACAUCCAGAAGAUCUCUUACUGGGUCGUUCCUGUUCUAUCUGAUCAGAUCCACAAGUCGCCAUCUGGUACUAAUAUUGAGGACAUGCUAGAUAUGGAACAAAUCCGCAGAGUCUAUAAGAAUCCAACAUGGGACUGGACGCCAACGGUGUAUCCCGAAGAUUUGAUCGAUAAAUACUAUAUUGAUCCUAUGAAUGGAGGUCGUCGCUAUUACUCCAACUGCAUUGCUUCACAUCUUACCCCGCAGGACCCUGUCCCAGCACAUGUUCCAAAGCAAAACCAAAAAUACAUGAACACCAUAUUGGAUUACACAGACAGCAGAUGGGCCCGAAGUCGAGACACCUCCAGAUGGGAUCCGUCACAACCUGUACUGGAAGUUGAGAAGAUUCCAUUUCGUCGGAAUCACCUUGCUCGAGUCGAAGAAAAGGAACAGAAAGAAUUGUUCGAGCUCAAAAAUUACGUCUGUCCUCAACCGCUGAAGAUCUCCAAUAUCGCGACCCCCUUCGUAGUCAUGUGCUAUGUGCUUCCAGCUAUUAUUCAUCGCUUCGAGAGCUAUCUGAUUGCUCUCGAUGCAUGCGAGGUGCUUGACUUGCAUGUCAGCCCUGCUCUGGCACUGGAAGCAUUGACCAAGGACUCUGAAAAUACCGAUGAGCACGAGGAAGAGAAGAUCAACUUCAAGAGUGGAAUGGGUCCGAAUUAUGAACGUCUUGAAUUCUUGGGGGAUUGCUUUCUGAAGAUGGCAACAUCUCUCUCGGUCUUCGUACAGCAACCAGAAGAGAAUGAGUUUGAGUAUCACGUACGCCGCAUGCUCAUGCUCUGCAAUCAAAACCUCAUGGAGACGGCUAUAGGUGUUAAAAAAGUGGCUCGUCCGGAUGGAACUGAGAUUAACUUGGAACUUCCUAAAUACGUACGCACAGAAGCGUUCUCUCGCCGAACGUGGUAUCCUGAAGCCCUCAAGCUCAUACGAGGCAAAGGUAUCAACAAGAGCGAAGACGACUGGCUCAAGCUCAGGCACAAUCUGGGUGAUAAGAGUGUCGCUGAUGUUUGUGAGGCGUUCAUCGGCGCAGCCUUUAUGGAGCACCACAAGCAUGGCCUCUGGAUUCCUUCUCAAUGGGAUCUAGCUGUGAAGGCCGUGAAACUCUUUGCAAACAAUCCAGAUCAUUCCAUGGAGAAGUGGACAGACUACUAUGCCGCCUAUGUCAAGCCAAAGUACCAACUUGAUCAACCAACAGCAGCAAUGCUUGAUGCUGCCCGACAGAUUGAGGCAGUACAUCCUUACCACUUCAAGUAUCCUCGGUUGGUGCGCUCAGCCUUCACUCAUCCGUCCUACGCCUACAUGUUUGAGCACAUUCCCAACUAUCAGCGGCUUGAAUUCCUCGGGGACUCUCUGCUCGACAUGGCAUUCAUCAUGCAUCUCUACUACAAGUACCCAGACAAAGACCCCCAGUGGCUCACCGAGCACAAAACCCCCAUGGUCUCCAACAAAUUCCUCGGCGCCGUCUGCGUCAAACUCGGCUGGCACCGCCACCUCAAAUCCAACACGGCCAUCCUCAGCACCCAAAUCCGCGACUACGUGCUCGAAAUCGACGAAGCCGAACGCGAAGCCAACGGCGCAGUCGACUACUGGGUUAACGUGCACGAACCGCCCAAAUGCCUCGCCGACGUCAUCGAAGCCUACGUCGCCGCCCUGUUUGUCGACUCGCAAUUCGACUUCUCCGUCGUCCAGUCCUUCUUCGACCGCCAUCUCAAACCCUUCUUCGCCGACAUGACCCUCGAUGCCUAUGAGAAUUUCGCCUCGAAUCAUCCCACCACCCGCCUCAGUCGCCUGCUCUCCAUCUCCUUUGGCUGCAGCGACUGGCGCAUGGGCGCUCGCGAAACAGACACGGUCAUUCCGGGAAAGGGCAAGGCUAUUGCUGCAAUGGUUAUGAUUCAUGGGAAAGUCUGGUUUCACAGUCUAGGACAGGGUGGGCGGUAUGCCCGGCUGCGGGCUAGUCAUGCGGCGUUGGAGAGGUUGGAUGGGUUGCCGCCGUAUGAAUUUCGGCAGAAGUAUGGGUGUGAUUGUGUGGAGGAGGAGGGCGAGGGGGAAGGGGGGCUGGGGUAUGGAGGGGAAGGAGGGAUGUUGACGAGGGAGAAGGAGGGGUUGAUGAGGGAGGCUUUGGGGCCGAGUAUUUAG